AUGAUCAGUUACGAAGCAUUAGAAGAUGAGGAAAAGGAGAUUUUUCUUGACAUUGCAUGUUUUUUCGUCAACAACACAAAAAAGACGAAUGCAAUUUACAUGUGGGAAGCUUGCAAUUUUUUUCCUGAGACUGGGAUUCAGGUUCUUAUGCAAAUGUCUUUGGUAAAGAUUGUUGAUGGUGGUACAUUAUGGAUGCAUGACCAGCUCAAAGAUCUUGGGAGGCAAAUUGUUCUGAGGGAAUGCUUGCAUGAUCCUGGAGAGCGUAGCAGGGUGUGGGUUUGUGAGGAAGCCCUGGAUGUUGUAAGAACAAAGCAGAGAAAGAAAAAAGUUCGGGCACUCAUAUUAGCUGGAAGUCUUUAUCAACCACUUGUAAUUACGCACGACGAACUUAGUAGGUUGCCUAACCUAAGGUUCCUUGAAUUAGAGGAGGGAACCUUUGCCGGAGACUUUGGGGAUGAUUUUUCGAAGUUAAGAUGGAUUUCUUGGUAUUCUCCUAGGCCCCUAGAUCUUGAGGUAACCAAUCUAUCUAUGAAGAAUUUGGUUGUCUUUGAGAUCAUUUCAGGCAGCAUAACAGAUGACUGGAGCGGAUGGAGCCUAAUCAAGAUGGCAAAGAAUCUGAAAGUUCUAAACCUCAGAGGUUGCGAAGGCAUAACUAGAACACCGGACUUCUCUGCAUGCUUGACUCUAGAGAGGCUGAGUUUCUAUAAUUGCAUAAACUUGGUUGAGAUUGAACCCUCCAUUGGGAAGCUAAAGCGCUUGAUUUACUUAAAUCUUAAAGAGUGCCUCUCUCUUAAGGAUUUGACCGAAGAAAUUGGAAGGCUUAUAAAUCUGAAGCAUUUUGCUUCUAGUGGAUGUUUUCAGAAACUUCCGGAUUCAUUUGGGAAAUUGACAUCACUGAAGGAGUUGGAUCUGUCAAACAUCCAAAUUGAAUGCCUUCCUGAUUCUAUUGGUGACAAGAAGUUUCUGUCUGUCCUUAUUCUAAGGUACACACAAAUUAGCAUACUUCCAGAGACUAUUGGGAUGCUUGUGAAACUUGAGUCUCUCUCUCUCUUUGGGUGCGUAAAGUUGAAAAAACUCCCAGACUCAAUUGGGAAGUUAGAGUCUUUGCAGGAGUUGAAUCUAUCAAGUACUAAAAUUGUUGAGCUACCAGAUUCGAUUGGAAAUCUGAAGAAAUUGAAAGUGAUGUUGAUGGAAAAUACUCCAAUAAGGAAAUUGCCCAGUACUAUUGGAAUGUUAAAGAAUCUGGAAGAGCUACAUGCUAGUGGUUGUGAAGAAUUAACUGGUGAAAUUCCGAGUGAAAUUGGCGCAUUGUCCUCUUUGAAAAUUCUCGAACUAUCAGGUGCCCAUAUUUCUGGAGUGCCAACAACAAUCAAUCAUAUUCCCCACCUUGAAAGACUGGACUUGACAGGUUGUAAUGAGGUUCAAAAAUUGCCAGAGCUUCCAGAAAGUCUGAUCUAUCUACAUUUUCGAUCAUCGGCAUUGCUCAUAGUUCCGGAUCUCUCAAACUUGACUAAUCUGGUCGAUCUGCUGUUAUCUGAUGGCUCUGAAGAUGUGCUUCAAGCUUCACCAGAUCCGUUGCCAAGUUCCAGCUUAGGGUGGAUUAGGAGGUUGUCCAAACUGAAGAAGUUGGGAUUGUCCCUUUCUAAUAUCCCUGCGCCACCUACUGAGUUUGGUUCUCUUCGUCGUCUAACUGAGCUUAUUUUAUGUGGACUAGACCUGCAAUCUAUCACACACCUUCCUCCUUCCUUAUCGGAACUGCAACUUGUUAAUAUUAACUCAACAGUAUCUUGGUCAAUCUUUUCCAACUUGAAAAACUUGUCCAAGCUACGACUUUCUCAAUCACAGCUUCAAGAAAUUGAACUCAGUGGACUCGAACAACUGAGAGCAUUGUCAGUGACUGAAUAUGAACUCCUCAAGAGGUUAUUCAUCCCGGGAAGCUUAAAGAAGCUUAAGGAGUUGUGGGUAUUAGAAUGUCCAAAGCUAGUUGAGAUCGAAGGUCUAGAGGCCCUAGAGUCCUUGGAAGAAAUGAAUGUGCACUACUGUGGUUCCAUUGAAAGGUUACACGGCCUGUCAAACUCAAAGUUGCUGAAGCUUUUGGUUAUAUCAGACUGCUAUAAGCUCCGUGCGGUUGAGGGCCUCAGCGGGUUAGAAUCGUUGAAUGCAUUACUUGUUUAUGAGUGCAGUUCACUGGAGACAUUAAUUAUUCCAUCGAGCUUAUACAAGCUAACACAUUUGGAGGUUUCAGGAUGUGAGAAAAUGAUUGAGAUUCCAGGUCUUGGUGCAUUGGAAUCAUUGGAGACUUUAACCAUUAAAAAGUGUCCUAUUAGCAAACUAUGCGAGUUAUCAAACUUACAGAUGCUGAAGUCUUUAUCAAUCGUUGGAUGCCAUGAGCUAAAAGCUAUUGACGGUGUUGAUGAGCUAGAAUCUUUGCGCGAUUUCUACGUCUCUAGCUGUCGGAAACUGGAAGCUCUGAUGGAUGUAUCAAACACGAAGAUGCAUGAUGAAUGCCUAAUAACACUUCGGAAGUGUAGGAAAUUACGAAGCCGCGGCUAUCCUAAUGUCGAGGGCCUUCCGUACAGGGAUUACAAGGACAUGAUGGUUACAGCAGCAAACUCUCCUUCAGAGUCGCUCCCUUCGGAGUCAUCAGACGAGGAAGAAGAUGAAACCAACGAUGAAGGGGAAGAACUGGUGGUGGAUAGAGACAGCUCUGACGAUAAAAGCUCCCCCAUGAUCAUAACUUCUCAAGAACCUGAUACCGAGCUUUGACUUUGAUUUCUUUCAUCCGCGAGUUCUCAGGAUGAAGAGACUCCCAUUGUAAGCGAUGGUGAAGAAGGGGACCCAAAU